CGGUGGCCACCGGCCGCCCAGGACCUGUGCAGCCCGGCCCCUACCUAAGGCUGGGCCACCCCCGGUGCCGACCUCGGGCGCCGACCCGAACCCUGCUGCCCAAGAGAGUCCCACCAGGCCAGCCCUGAGCCCCGCAGAAUUCCGGGCUCUGCCUCCUGCCCCGGUCCCCGGUGCUAGAGUCUUCACCAACUUCUGUUCGAGAACUCCACUCCUUCUUUUGGUCCAGGGCGACCUCGGCAGCCCUGACCGCACAGCCCCUCCAGAGUGCCCAGAAAGGCCCUGGGGUGCCCCGCCGCCUUCCCGGCUCUUUCUGGAUGGAGGCGCCUCAGGAAGGAGCCGGCAGAAUGCUUUGGCCUUCACCUUGCAGCCUCUGCUGACCACACCUCCCCUAGUGCAGAGGCUGCCCAGGAGCAGGAAAUGCUGUACCAGCACAGCCGGCUCACCCGGAUCCCGGUGUGACCGCCAGGAUGGAGCUGGGGCCGGCGACCGAGACUUUUGUGCUGAAGCUGCGAUGUCUUGAGGAUGGGGGUCCAGGGCCUGACACCCUCUCAGGUGGCAACGGUGGGAGCGAGAGUCAGGAGGAAGAAGAGACUCAGGAGGGGAACAGUAGCCCACAACGGCCAGCAGUCUCAGCUUCAUUAGGGGCCAGUGAAAUCACUAAUGAAGCCCCACUGGGACAACAGGAGUUGCGACUACCACAUUUAGAACAGCAGCUAGAGCUACAACAACAGCAACCACAAAAUCAACUAUUCGGACAUAGGCCAGAAUUGCAACAGCAGCAGCAGCAGCAGCAGCAGCAAGAUAGGCAACAGCAGGUAUCUCAACUGCAGCAGGAGCUACAGGAAAAACACCACCAAGAACUAAAACCACAAGUACAGCUAAUGCAGCAGUUACAGGAACAGCAAACACAGGAACAACAGCCGUUGCAGCGGCAGGAACAGUUUCAGCAGCAGCAAGUGCAAAAGCAACAGCUGUUGGUGCAGCAGCAGGAACAAUUACAACAGCAGCAAGUACAGCCAUUGUUGGAGCAACAGCAGGAAGAGUUACAGCAGCAACAAGUGCAAGAGCAACAGCUAUUGCAGCAGCAUCAAGGACAGUUACAGCAGCAGCAAGUGCAACCACUGUUGCAGCUGCAGCGGCAAGAACAGCUACAACAGCAGCAACUGUUACAACAGCAGGAACAAUUACAGCAACAACAGUUCCAACAGCAGCAGCUACUAUUGCUGCAGCAGCAACAGUUACAGCAGCAGCAGCUCCUACAGCAGCAGCAGGCACAGUUACAGCAGCAGUUGCUACAGCAGCAACAGGCACAAUUACAGCAGCAGCUAUUGCUGCAGCAGCAGGAACAGUUACAGCACCAGCAACAACAGCAGGAACAGCUGCAACAGCAGCAGCUGCAGCCAGAGGAGGAGGAAGAGGUGGAGUUGGAGCUUAUGCCGGUGGACCUGGGAUCAGAGCAGGAACUGGAGCAACAGAGACAGGAGUUGGAGCGCCAGCAGGAGCUGGAGCGUCAGCAGGAGCAGCGACAACUGCAACUCAAACUGCAGGAGCAGUUGCAGCAGCUGGAGCAACAGCUAGAGCAGCAGCAGCAGUUGGAGCAGCAACAGCUAGAGCAGCAGGAAGUGCAACUAGAACUGACCCCUGUGGACCUGGGUGCCCAGCAGCAGGAGGUGCAGUUGGAACUGACUCCCGUGCAGCCAGAGCUGCAACUGGAGCUGGUGUCUGCUGCAGGUGGUGGUGGGGCAGCAGUCCCUGGGGCUCCAGCAGCAGUUGUGGUGGCUCCCCCAGGCUAUGUGGUGCUGCAAGAGCUCAUGGUGUUGCCUGCUGUGGCUGCACCGACUGUGGUGGCCAUCCCAGGCCCGGCAGGUAGUGCGGCGCUGACACCCGCUCGGCAGCGGCGGCGACGGCGUGCCAGGGACCGGCCGACUAUCUGCGGGGAGUGCGGCAAGGGCUUCAGCCGCAGCACGGAUCUGGUGCGGCACCAGGCCACUCACACGGGCGAGCGGCCUCACCGCUGUGGCGAGUGCGGCAAGGGCUUCUCGCAGCACUCGAACCUGGUGACGCACCAGCGCAUCCACACUGGUGAGAAGCCCUACGCCUGCUCCUACUGUGCCAAGCGCUUCAGCGAGAGCUCAGCCCUUGUGCAGCACCAGCGUACGCACACUGGAGAGCGACCCUACGCCUGCACCGACUGUGGCAAGCGCUUCAGUGUCUCCUCCAACCUGUUGCGCCACCGGCGGACACACUCGGGCGAGCGGCCCUACGUGUGCGAGGACUGCGGGGAGCGGUUCCGCCACAAGGUGCAGAUCCGCCGCCAUGAACGCCAGCUGCACGGCGCCGGCCGGUCGCGGGGCCUAGGCCUGCUGCGUGGCACACGACCCACGCCCUCGGAGCAGGCAGCUGGGGCUGCGGCGCCCUCAGACAAGGCCCCGUGAGGCUGGUGCGUUAGGCUAGAAAGGUCUGCCAGGCUGCCAGGCGGGGUGGGGCCAGCCAGGAAAUGCGCGGUAGGGUUGGGGCAGGCACUCCUCCAUCUGUGAUACCCCUGCACCCUGGAAGCGCAGUGCUGAGUGGGACGCACACCUUGAACUCACCUCAUGAUCGCUGGAGACAUCCUGGAAUAUCCUCAGAAAGAAAAGUCCUCCGUUGUCUUCUGGAUUCCCUGAGAAGCACCGGGUUCAUAGAUUACCCCUCAGAAACCAUCCACAAAAGAAAAGACGUCAGAGGCUGAAACAGCUACUGGAAAACUGUUUUGUUACUGAGUGCGGCUUGCUGAGAGGGUUGCCAGUUUUUGUUUUUGUUUAUCCCUGAGUUCUUUUUCUCCCAGUAAAAACUGGACUUACUAGAAAGAAAAGUGAUGAGAGGAACACCCAGUGACAAUGGGUGACAUUCGAUGUGGAGCGAACACUAACUAGGGACUCAAAUACAUAUUGUGAAAUGGCACCUGGAAAACAUUUGACUAUGGUAAAAAUCAUUUCAAGGAGAAAAACGGAAACAAAGGAAACUCAUCCAUAUUGUGUGAGAAACUGAUCAAGGCAUCGAAUUAUCCUCAGUGGCAUUUGCUUUGAAAAUACUUCUGAAAUGAGAAUUCAUCAGGGUGACUACCAUUCUGUUUAAAAUCCUUGUGUUCAUAAACCGAGGAUUAGAGUGUCCACAGAGGUCAAUGUACAGAUAAAUGCCAGGAAGCCCUGCUAUGGACAGAAGGUAAAACCUUCCCUCCAGGAGAGCCUAGGGUUACUGGCAGUCAUUGGAGGAAGGACCUAAGUGUCCCUGUUGCUGUGUCCCCAAGGCCACUGUGGCCUCUCAGUGUCCUCUUGAAAAAAGCUAAUGGCUGAGGCAGAGAGCAUUCUGGGGGUGCUCUCCAAGGUCUGGAAGAAAGGUCUCCCUAAAAAAAGUUCUGGGGUAACUAUACUCUGGCCCUCUUGCAAUGUACCAGCUCUAGGCUUCUUGGAUGCUGCCCAGCACUAGCACCUUGAGACCCAGGGUCUGGGUUCCCUUGAAUCAGGCUAUGGAGGGGGCUGCACAGCCCGCUUGAUGGCUGGGGUUGGGAGAAGGUUGUUGGAGAUAGAGAUGGAAAGCCACAGAAAUAAUUUUUACAUAUUUACCAAAUGAUCUUGGGGGAUGGGGGGGCUGCAAGAACAGCAGCGAUUGCUGACACCUUGCAGGUAGUGGGACUGUGGAGGUGGCCAAGAGCCCCUCUGGUCCUCAAGCACUUCCUGCUCCACCUGCCCUCCCACUGACUGCCUAGUUCCUUCCCUCUUCCCUCCAUGCUUCUCCUUUACUAACACAGCCUGCCACGUUUUACAAAUGUGGUGGUAAGUGAGAAACAAAAAAUUAAAAAUAAAGUGAAGA